AUGGGUUGUGGUUCGAGUAUCCAUCUAUCUGCCAAACAAAAACUGCUCACAUCAUCACUACCGAAGCCAACUACAAAUGGCACAGUGACAAAAUUAGGGCGACUUCCACCAAUCACUAAUGAGUCAUCUACAUUAAGAAGUACCGUAAUCACAAAAAAUAAACUGACUAAAAAUGCCCCAUAUGACUGUUCUCAAAAUUUGGAAUCAUUUUCCGUCGUUUGGCUUGAUCGAAGUAUAAAGAAAUUCAACGAUUUGGAUGAUAUUCAGAAAGAAUUACGUGCAAUCAUCCAUUAUAUUCGACUAUUUGAUCUUCCGGAAGAAUGUGAAGAUUACGUGAAAAAACUAAAAGAGGAUAAUAUUUAUUUUAUUGUUACAUCAGAAUGUUCGCCGAAUAUCAUUUCACACAUACACGAUUUGCAACAAAUACAAGCCAUCUACAUCUUCGUGAAACAAAAGAGGAAUGACAAAGAACAACGAACAAAACACUAUUCAAAGGUAAAUUUUAACCGAACUUCUUAUCUUUUAUUUAAAAACUAGUCAUCGCUCUGGCCAGCCAUCUCUGCUACCGGAGUGAAAUUCCGUAACGAUUUUUUUGCAUUUUGUUUUUCUUAUAAUGUUUGAGUAACGAGACGCCUAGAGAU